AUGUCAUCCCAACCACAAGAAGUAUCUGGUAGUGCUCCAUCUACACAAUCUGUGAGAUCGAAGGCUGAUCCUGCAUGGGAACAUUGUGUUCAAUUGGGAGAAAAUUUGAAAGAAAUUGAAGAGAAGAAAGGUAAGAAACAAGAUAUAUAUGAGGAGGACAAUCCCUAUGGUCCUAGUGUCACACCAUUUGAAGGGGAUGCUCCAAAUUUGCAAGAGGUUCCUCCGACACAGAUUCAAACUCCUACUCCAACUUCUUCUCAGCAAAAUAUUCAAACUUCUGCCUUAAGACCAUCUCAAGCUAUGAAAAGAAAGCCAUCUGCACCAAUAGACAAAUUCUUUGCCCCAAGGACAAGUCCAGGUGCACAACUGGGAAUUAGAAAUGCGUUUGCAGGUAAGGAAGCUGUGCAUAGAGCAGACUUAGCUAUGGCUAGGUGGCUCUAUGAUUGUUGUAUUCCAAUUAAUGCUGUUAAUUCUCCUUACUUCCAGCCUAUGAUAGAUGCUAUUGCAGCUAUUGGACCUGGUUAUAAAGGGCCAUCUUAUCAUGCUUUUAGAACCAAAUUACUACAAGAUAUGAAAAAGGAGGUUCAAUUAGGGAUUGUGUUCAUUAAGUCUGUUGAUGCCUCAGAUAUUGUGAAGGAUGCUCAAACUCUUUGUAACUUAUUCUUGGAAAUGGUUACAUUUGUUGGUGUGGAUAAUGUGGUUCAUUUGGUAACCGAUAAUGCAGCUAAUUAUAAAGCUGCUGGGAGGUUAUUAACUGACAAGCAUCCUUCUAUAUAUUGGUCUCCAUGUGCUGCCCAUUGCUUAAAUUUGAUUUUAGCGGACAUUGGCAAAAUGGCUCUUGUUACUAGUUUGGCAUCAAGAGCUUCAAAGGUUUCAAAAUUCAUUUACAAUCAUGCAUUUUUGCUUGCCUGGCUGAGAAAAAGAGAAGGUUGGAAAGAAAUCAUCCGUCCAGGACCUACACGGUUUGCUACCACAUUUAUUGCAUUAAAAAGUCUUCUUGAUCACAAGCAUGAUUUACAAGCCCUGGUAACUAGCAAGGCAUUUUUAGAUUCCAGAUACUGUAGAGAUCAGAGAGCCAAAGAUGUAACAUUGAUUAUAUUAGAUAACAAGUUCUGGAAUGAUUGUAAGAUUAUUGUUGAAGUUGUGAAACCACUUGUUCGGUUGUUGAGAAUAGUUGAUUCUGAUGAUAGGCCUUCACUUGGAUAUAUCUAUGAGGGUAUGUAUAGGGCAAGGAAAGCUAUCAAGAGUACUUUCAUGAACAAAAAAACUUUAUACAAGCCUUAUACAAGAAUUAUUAAGAGAAGGUGGGAUACACAGCUUCGUCAAGAUCUUCACACAGCAGCUUAUGUCUUAAAUCCUGCUUUUCUUUAUGACCAGGCUAACUUUUCUCAAAAGCCAGAGGUUAUGAAUGGAUAUCUUACAGUUAUAAAUAGAAAAGUAGCUUCCAAUAAGACCAAGUUCUUGCAAGAAGGCACACAGUACCAAAAUAGAAGUGGUAGCUUUAGUCAUCCUUUGGCCCUUGAAUCUGCAAAAUCAAUGCGACCUGAUGAAUGGUGGCGAUAUUUUGGAGGUAGUUGUCCAAAUGUGAAAAAGUUGGCUAUUCAAUUAUUAAGCCAAACUGCAUCUUCAUCAGGUUGUGAAAGGAAUUGGAGUGUCUUUGAAAGAAUACACUCUAAGAAAAGGAACAGGUUGGAGCAUAAAAGGCUGAAUGAUCUUGUCUUUGUUCAUUACAAUUUUCGUUUGAGGAAUAGAGUUGUUAACAAGAACAAAACUUUUGAUCCUAUUGAUUAUGAAAGUAUUGAUAAGAUUGAAUACUGGAUAACUGAAGAAGUUGAUUCUCCUCCACUUUCAACAUUUCGUGCUGAUGAGAUCGAAGAAGACAUCAUUUAUGAUGAUACAACACUACCAAUGCCAAAUGUUUUCAUCAAUGAAGAAGAUAAUUAUGAAGAGAGAGGCAAUGAGGCUCAAGUUGAGUAUAGAUGCUUUGACACUGGAGUUGGAGCAGGUGUUGAUUUGGGAUCAUUUUCUCAACAAGACAUUGAUAGUCACAGUGCAGAGGCUGCAGACCCAGAUGCCUUUUUGGAGACUCAUGCUUGGCUUAAUCAAGAUCCUCCAAUAUUUGACAAGUCAUGA